AUGCCCAAGCGUUAUCUUACGAUACGAAACAAAGUCAAUGAACACGAACAACCACAAUCAUCAAAACGUGUUAAUAACGAUGAAUUAAAUCCGGUCAAAAAGAUGAAAGUUGCAGAGAAUCAUACCGAAAAAGAAAAUAUAUCAAAAACUCCAGCACAUCAAAGUACGCAUACAGAAGAAGCAACUCCAGAAGUACAAAUCGUCGAACCAGUACCUGAAAAAAAUGUUGAUUUUACUAUCGAGGAAAGCAGCGAUGAAGACACCGAUCUUGAUAAUGUCGACAAUGAUCUUGAUGAUUAUGACAGCGAUCUUAGUAACGAUGAUACUGAUCUUAGUGACGACGACGAUGAUGAAGAUGAAGAUAUCGUUUUUAGUUCUGAUGAAUCGGAUGAUGAUGAUGAUUUUGAUGGAAAAAAUGCAGUUAUAUCGAUUGCUCCUGAUGAUAAAGGAAAAGAAUAUCCGGCCAAUAAACAAUAUGUUAUCUAUGAAAAUGCUGGUCUUGAAGAGCAAGCAUUAAUUGUUUCGAAAACAGCUCGUUUUUGGAGCCUUAAAUAUCGUAAAGUUCUUCGUCGAGUGUAUCCCGAUGCCUAUGGAAUGUACAUUUAUGCCGAUUUCAGUUGUUAUGGUCACUUAGAAGUUGUUGAAAAUUGUCUUAAUGAGUUAACCAAAGCCAUAUUUGUUGUACAAGAACGUGUUGCAAAUCGAAUAAAUUACAAACUUAAGCCAAAUAAUAAAAUUAAUCAUAUCCUUGCAUUUCGUCGUCUUGAAGCAUUAACAAUCUUACUUGAUCAUGCCGAUGGCAUAAGCGGUAUUGAUGAUGGUGAUCGAUUCUAUGAAAUAAUGCGUGUUAUUGGUGCUUGCUAUGUAACGAUUCUUCGUGGCUUCUUACCAAACGAAAUGUUUACAAAAUUUGAAACAUUUGACGAAGGUUUAGUUGAAAAAUUAAACAAAAUUUUGAAGCAACUACCAAAUUUUAAACAAGUCUUAGAACAUGCUAUUAUUGUUGGCUAUUUAUUUUUGACUAUUGCUGAUGUUUGCAGUGCGUAUACCAAUGUUCUCCAAGUUAUUUAUUGCAAUUGGGUUUUAGUUAUGGAUAAAGUGGCCAUUGAUUGGAAUAAGAAAACAGCAAAUAAUAAAUUGUGGAAAGCAUUGAAACAUGCUGCACAAAUCGAUCGAAAUAAUAUUGAUUACGGUGAUAAAGAAUCAUUCGAUUAUCUCAAAGAAUUACGUUUAUAUAAAGGGCGUCAUGGUCUCGGGGGUGAAGCAUUUGAUCUUAGUAAAUGGUCGCGAAGCGACAGAGCUGUCUAUUCUCUUCGGCGACGUUUUAAUGAUUUUCAAGGAUUGUUUUUUUAA